CAAAAAUAGUUUCCAGGAAGCUUUGAUUGUUUUUUGGUUGAUAGAGUCUUUAAAAUUGACGCCAAAAUAACGGGAAAAAAAGGACCAACCCGACCCGUUCCACCUCAGGGUCAGAGGGAGAGAGAGAGAGAGGUUAGACGGAAAUCAUUUGGUUGCUUGCAGUCGACGAUGGUCUAGGGUUCUGGUAAGCAAGAGCAGGAGGUCAGCUGCAGAAGCACCAUGGCCAUGAAAUUCCUUCAACUGCUUUUCUUUUUCAGUUUUCAGCUUCGUCUCUCAUUCUCUGGACAGACAAUCAUGAUGGAGUCAGUUCCUGAUCUUCAGAGUUCAAUGUACAUGACACUUGAUGGAUAUCCUUGUGUACGGCUACUCAAUCUUUCUGGUGUGAUUGGUUGUUCAAAUCCUGGAAGAGUGAAGGUUGUCGCUCCAAUUAUAAGAUUAAACAAUGCUACUGAGCUGUCUCAGUUAUCUGCAGUUUUGCUGUCAGUGGAUGAAAUUCAAAGUUUUCUUACCAGAAUAUUGAAUGAUUCGACUUUUGCUAAAAAUGUUGCUGGUAUCUUGGUUGAAUCAAGCCCUGAGUUCCAAAGUAAGUUAAAAGGAUUCUCUCCAGAUCAAAAGUUCCCACAAUCUGAAUUUGCUCCUUAUCAAAGCAUCAACUACGAAUGGAACCCAAUUGUAAGUUCUUUUAUGUAUUUGUUUUUGUUUGUAUCUGUAUGCAUGUAUAUAUAUAUGCUGCUAACUAGUGCUGCCAUAAAGAAUGAGAAGAACGUAAAAUCUUAUACAGCUGACGUGGCUGAGUUUGAUCUGGUGAUGCAGACAACGAAAGCUGGGACUCAUGAUUCAGAAUCUUGUCUAAAGGAAAAUACUUGCCUUCCCUUAGGUGGAUACAGUGUUUGGUCAUCGCUUCCCCCAAUCAAUUUUUCAUCAUCAGAGCAGUCUAAGCCCAUUAUACUCGUGGUGGCGUCGAUGGAUUCAGCUUCAUUUUUCCGUGACAAAGGCCUUGGCGCUGACUCCCCUAUUUCUGGGCUGAUUUCAUUGCUGGCAGCAGUCGAUGCACUUUCUCAUGUGGAUGGUCUGGAUGACUUUAAUAAACAGCUUGUUUUCAUUGUUUUCACUGGAGAGGCCUGGGGCUACCUUGGUAGCAGGAGGUUUUUGCUUGAACUUGAUCUGCAGUCUGAUGCUGUUAGUGGCCUUAAUUACUCAUUGAUUGAGAAGGUUGUGGAAAUUGGAUCUGUUGGAAAGGGCCUCAACCAAGGAGUUAAGAACUUUUUUGUUCAUACAACUGGGGUUUCUUCUGCCACAAAUGAGACAUUGGAUGCUUUAAAGCGUGCCCAAGAUUCAGUCAAGUCUGAAAGCUUUACAAUCUCAUCUGCAAAUGCUUCAAAUCCUGGGAUACCUCCAUCCUCAUUGAUGACUUUUCUGAGAAAGGUUUGUAACAGUACAGUUGAAAUCCUUACUUUUGUUAGCUACUUCCUAAUUUAUGUCUCUGUUAUUUUGUUCUUGCUCAUGUAA